AUGUAUACAGUGGAAUUUCAGAAGCGUGGACUCCCACAUGCUCACACAUGUUUGUUCUUGGGUGCUGAAAGCAAAUUUCCAAAUGCAUCUGAUAUUGAUCGUGUUAUUACUGCUGAGAUACCAGAUAAAGAAAGAGAUCCUGAAUUAUAUGAGCUUGUCAAGCAAUUUAUGAUUCAUGGACCAUGUGGUACAGACAACCCACUUUGUCCAUGUAUGGUUCAGCAAAAAUGUUCUAAAAAGUUUCCCAAAAAAUAUGUAGAUGAGACUUGUGUUGAUUCUGAAGGAUAUCCUGUCUAUCGUCGACGUCAAACAAGUAAUACGGUAGUAAAGAAUGGUGUGACACUUGAUAAUAGAUUCGUAGUUCCUUACAAUGCUCUCCUGCUAAGAAAGUAUCAGUGCCACAUUAACGUUGAAUGGUGCAACCAGUCAGGUUCUAUCAAAUAUUUGUUUAAAUAUAUUAAUAAGGGGCCUGAUAGAGUGACUGCUUCUGUUUUUCAAGCCAAUAGCACCAAGAAUAAUACGGAACAGAAUGUAGCUGUAGAUGAGAUAAAAGCAUACAUUGAUUGUAGAUAUAUCUCUGCUUGUGAAGCUGCUUGGAGAAUAUUCAUGACAUUGAGGUAUGUUCAGUUUCCGGGAUAUUAUGUAUGGAAUGCUAAAUCGCAAAUGGAAUCGAAGAAAGCAUCCGUAUGGAUCAAUUGGGAGGAUAUAAAAACAGUUGAUGAGCAAGUUUUUACAACAUUUAAAGAUGCAUGUUUUGCACGGGGGCUGUUGGAUGAUGAUAAAGAAUAUGUUAAUGCUGUCAAAGAAGCUAGCACAUGGUCAACCGAAGAUUUCUUGAGGACCUUUUUUGUAAUGUUGUUGCUGUCAAAUUCGAUAUCUCGUCCUGGUGAUUUUUGGUCAGAAACGAAGUCCCUGUUAUGUGAAGACAUUCUGUAUCAGCAACGAAAGAUAACUGGUAUUGCAGAUUUGGGUCUUCAACAGGAAGAACUUGAAAAUAUCUAUCUAUCUGAAAUUGAAAAGUUGCUUCUUACCAAUGGAAGUACAGUGAGAAAUUUUGAUGAUAUGCCAAGUGUUCCGGACAAUUAUGUUUCAUCGUCGAACAAUCGAUUGAUAAUGAAAGAAUUAUCGUAUGACAGACUAGCUCUUCAAAGGGAACAUGAUCGUUAUGUAAAGUGUUUAACUGCCGAACAGGAAAAGAUAUAUAAAAUUGUUAUGGAAGCGAUUGAAAAAGGUGAUGGAGGUGUGUUUUUUGUAUAUGGUUAUGGUGGAACUGGAAAGACGUUUCUUUGGAAGACAUUCUCAGCUGCAUUACGAUCAAAAGGUGAAGUUGUAUUGAAUGUUGCAUCCAGUGGAAUUGCUUCACUUUUGCUGGAUGGUGGUAGAACUGCUCAUUCAAGGUUUGUAAUUCCAAUCAACAUUAAUGAGAAUUCAAUAUCUUCGAUAGAGCCUAAUACUAAGUUAGGUGAUUUAAUUAAAAGAGCAAGAUUGAUUAUUUGGGAUGAAGCACCUAUGACUCACAAGCAUUGUUUCGAGGCUCUUUAUAGAACAAUGAGAGACAUAUCACGUUCCAGUCAACCGAACAUGCAAUCGAAGCCGUUUGGGGGAAAGGUCAUUCUAUUUGGUGGUGAUUUUAGACAAAUUCUUUCGGUCAUCCCUAAAGGUACCAGAACAAUGAUAGUUAAUGCUUCUUUGAAUUCUUCUUAUAUAUGGCGGCACUGUAAAGUACUAAAGCUAACUGAGAAUAUGAGAUUAAGAGUUGGUUGUCAGGAAGCAGAUUUGAAAGAAAUAAAGGAAUUUGGAGAAUGGAUUUUAAAGCUUGGUGAUGGUCUGCUUGGUGAAGAAAAUAAUGGUGAGAUUGAUAUUGAAAUACCAGAUGAUUUACUUAUUCAUGACCAAGUCAAUCCUAUUUCUUCUCUCAUUUCAUAUAUAUAUCCAGACAUGAAUAAGUUUUUGUGGGAUUUAACGUAUUUACAGCAAAGAGCGAUUCUUGCUCCAACUAAUGAAGUAGUGGAUUCAAUAAAUAAAGAGUUGUUAGAGAGUCUGCCUGGUGAAGAAAAGGUUUAUUUUAGUUCAGAUAGUUUAUGCCAAUCGGAGGAAGAAUCAGCGCUUAAUAUGACGUUGUUUCCUCCUGAUGUGUUAAACAAUCUUCGUUUAUCUGGUUUACCUAAUCAUAAAUUAGUACUGAAAGUUGGUGCUCCGGUGAUGUUACUCAGAAACAUUGAUCAGGCAAAUGGAUUGUGUAAUGGUACACGUUUACAAAUCACGAAGCUCGGAAAAGUUGUGAUUGAAGCAAAAAUUAUCACAGGGACUAAUAUAGGUCAUCAUACUUUGAUUUCAAGACUGAAGAUGACACCUUCAGAUAAAAGAAUACCAGUGAAGAUUUCUCGAAGACAAUUCCCACUUUCACUGUGUUUUGCUAUGAUAAUAAAUAAAAGUCAAGGACAAUCAUUGGAGCGUGUUGGUUUAUAUCUUCCACGUCCAGUGUUUAGUCAUGGCCAGCUCUAUGUUGCUGUAUCUAGAGUAAAAAGUAGGAAGGGAUUGAAAAUUUUGAUUUGUGAUAAAGAGAAACGAGUCUGUACAACCACUACUAAUGUGGUUUACAAGGAAGUUUUAGAAAUCUAUGAUGAUACUAAAUAUCUGUCAACCUGGCAACGUCUGUUGGGUAUAAUGGAGGAACUGUUGUUAGGAAAUGUUUGUUGGAAAGCAAUACAACUUUUUGAAAGCAUCUGA